GGCCAUGCUGCGUUACAAAGGCACUCUGUGGGAACAUGUGCUGGUUGAUCCAUGGUUCUGGUUCUUCCUGGCCACGUGCAUACUGUUUAUUCUCCUGCGCACACUAGAUGUACUGCCCAAGGGUCAGAACCCGGAGAUACCUACUUCAUCUUUGGCAAUCAUAGGAUCCCUGGUCAGUUUUGCCGCGGUUUUCUUCCUGAAUAUGGUCUUUGGCCGAUUCCAUGACCAG